AUGUCCCGAGAAGUCACCCCACAGAAGGAUGAUCUUCUCAUGCAUGUUGUCUCGGUGGCCAAAGUGAUAGUCCAAGAACUUAACCGAGAUAUUGGUAUUCCAUCAGGCAUCCGCGUGAAAGACCUGUAUGAUGUUGUGCUCAACGAUAUCCGCCCGAACUUCUCCACGAAAUUUGGUCCUCGCUGCUACAGCAUCCUCAGGAGUGGUUUGGCCCUGUCGCCUCCGCACACGUACCGAAAGCUUGUGCCUACGCAUAAAGCGCCGCCUCCAUGA